GAUUUGCCGAAGACGAGUUCAUGUGUGUACAUCUGUGGUGUACAUUUAACUGCUCUUGACAUACGUUAUUAGAAUAUCCCAACCGUUUUCUAUUCCUCAGUUGAUUUACGGAUAGAACAUGCCCAAGGUUCGUAGAAGUAAAAAGCCUCCACCUGAUGGAUGGGAAUUGAUCGAGCCAACUCUUGAGGAGCUAGAACAAAAGAUGCGUGAAGCUGAAACAGAACCACACGAAGGCAAAAGGAAACAAGAAUCUCUAUGGCCGAUAUUCAAGAUUCAUCAUCAAAAAUCUCGAUACAUAUACGAUUUAUUCUAUCGUCGCAAAGCCAUUAGUAGAGAGCUCUACGACUAUUGCUUGAAUGAGAAUAUAGCAGAUAAGAACCUUAUUGCAAAAUGGAAGAAGGUUGGUUACGAGAAUUUAUGCUGCCUACGUUGUAUUCAAACACGAGAUACAAAUUUCGGAACAAACUGCAUUUGUCGAGUUCCAAAAGGAAAGCUGGAGGAAGGAAGGAUAGUAGAAUGCAUUCAUUGUGGGUGCAGGGGUUGUUCUGGCUGAAUAGUCAUUAAAAUAAACUAAUUAAGGCACUGAUUUUAUUAAAUUGAUUCAUUCGUUGUAACGGCUGUACGCGAAAAUACUUAUUUUGUAAAUAAAUGCAUUCUUCAAUGUUCUACUUCA